CUGCUACCGCCCCUCGCGCUGUGUCACAGGCUUUGACGACUCAGGCUCCGGGCCCGGCUGGCCCGUCCGGCCCGUCUUCGGGUCCCCGCGGCCAGCAAGCCGGCUCCCGGGCACCAGGCCCCGCGCCCCAGAACCCCGCGCCUGUCCUUGUUUGGCCACGCGGCCGCGGCGCAGUCGGCGCGUCCUCCCGGGCCGCCCCGCGGGCGUCAGAGGGAGGGCGGGCGCUCCGCGCGGUGACGGCGACGCCUGCAGCCCCAAGCGCUCCACUCGCUGCCGCCGGAGAGGCCGGUGACCUCUUUGCCGCCCCGCCUCGGAGGCUUAGAUGGCUCAGGCGAAGAUCAACGCCAAAGCCAACGAGGGGCGCUUCUGCCGCUCCUCCUCCAUGGCCGACCGCUCCAGCCGCCUGCUGGAGAGCCUGGACCAGCUGGAGCUCAGGGUUGAAGCUUUGAGAGAAGCAGCAACUGCUGUUGAGCAAGAGAAGGAAAUCCUCCUGGAGAUGAUCCACAGUAUCCAGAACAGCCAGGACAUGAGGCAGAUCAGCGACGGAGAAAGAGAAGAAUUAAAUCUGACUGCAAACCGUUUGAUGGGACGAACUCUCACUGUUGAAGUUUCAGUAGAAACAAUUAGAAACCCCCAGCAGCAAGAAUCCCUAAAGCAUGCCACGAGGAUUAUCGAUGAGGUGGUCAGUAAGUUUCUGGAUGAUGUGGGAAAUGCCAAGAGUCAUUUAAAGUCACUCUACAGUGCGUGUUCGUCUGAGGUGCCAUCCGGGCCAGUGGAUCAGAAGUUUCAGUCCAUAGUAAUUGGAUGUGCUCUUGAAGACCAGAAGAAAAUUAAAAGAAGAUUAGAGACUCUACUUAGAAAUAUUGAAAACUCCGAUAAGGCCAUCAAGCUAUUAGAGCACUCUAAAGGAGCUGGUUCCAAAACUCUGCAACAAAAUGCCGAAAGCAGAUUUAAUUAGUGUUCAAACCCACGAGCACUUAACAAAUAAUGAUGUAGAAAUGAUAAGUGAUAAGUAGUUCCUUACGUUGGGCAUAACCAUUUGUUUGAUACUGACAGUUGUUUCAAAUGAGGAAAAUAUUCCAUCCAGUGUCAUCAGUUUUGUGAAUAACAAAACUAGAAAUAUUUUAAUUAUCUAAACUUUUUAGAUUGAAUUCUUGUCUUGUACUAGGAUCCAGCACAUUUUAUAUACUUUACUAUUCUGUGGAUGAAUACAUAGUAUAUGAGGAAAAAUAAGUGCUCAGCGAGGGCAGAAGGGCCCCUGCUCUUUCUUGGUCUUACCUUUGGUUUGGAAACAAUUUCACCCGGGGGCAUUUAAGUUGACUAGGAACACCUUACCUUAAACAGCACGUAUACUCACUGUCCACAUUGUGUUAACAAAACACUGUGCUUAGAGGGAUGAAGGAAAUCACAAAACAACAUCAUAGGGUUUUCUCUCUGUUCUCAUUCAGCAGUCACUUCAAACUUCAAAGAUUUAUGCAUCUCAUAUGAAUGUGUUUUUGACAUACAUGACAUAAAAUGUAAGAAAAUCACUUAUAAUUUUACCACUGUGAACAAUUAUAUAUCUGCUUCAUCUUUUCUCAAAUGCAUUCUCUGAAAUUUCAGUAUUGUAACUUGCCUUUUUUAAGUUAAACACUGCUAUAAAGUCUGCUAGUCAACUUAAUAAGCUCUACUUUGUGUAAUUACAUCAUAGUUUAUGUAUCCAUUCUCUCACUGGAUGUUCGGGGGUGUUGUCAAAUUGUUGCUAUUACUGCAACAUAUUUAUGUAUAUUGGGUUUUUCUCCUUUUUUUGUUUUUGUUUUUCUUUCUAUAAGUUCCCAGCAGUGGGCUUAUUGAGUCAAAGGGUAUAUAUACAUUUUCAUGGCCUUAUACAUAUUUCUAAAUGUUUUUGUAUAAAAGUUAGAUUAGCUUUUACUUUCGUCAUGAAUUAUAGCUACUUCACUGAAACCUUAACAGCAUUGAGCAUUAAAUUUUAUCUAA